AUGGAACAUACAUAUCAAUAUGCAUGGAUCAUACCUUUCGUUCCACUUCCAGUUCCUAUAGCAAUAGGGGUGGGGCUUCUCCUUGUUCCAACGACAACAAAAAACCUCCGCCGUUUCUGGGCUUUUCUUAGUGUUUUAUUACUAAGUAUAGUUAUGCUUUUUUCAAUCGAUCUGUCUAUUCAACAAAUGAAUGGUAGUUCCAUCUAUCAAUAUUUAUGGUCUUGGACUAUAAAUAAUGAUUUUUCUUUAGAGUUUGGCGACUUGAUCGAUCCACUUACUUCUAUUAUGUUAAUAUUAAUCACUACUGUUGGAAUUAUGGUUCUUAUUUAUAGUGAUAAUUAUAUGUCUCAUGAUGAAGGAUAUUUGAGAUUUUUUGCUUAUAUGAGUUUUUCCAAUACUUCCAUGUUAGGAUUAGUUACUAGUUCAAAUUUAAUACAAAUUUAUAUUUUUUGGGAGUUAGUUGGAAUGUGCUCGUAUCUAUUAAUAGGUUUUUGGUUCACACGACCAAUUGCAGCAAAUGCUUGUCAAAAAGCGUUUGUAACUAAUCGUGUAGGGGAUUUUGGUUUAUUAUUAGGAAUCUUAGGUCUUUAUUGGAUAACGGGUAGUUUUGAAUUUCGAGAUUUGUUUAAAAUAGUCACUAACUUGAUUGAGAAUAAUGGUUUAAAUUCUUUAUUUCUUACUCUGUGUGCCGCCCUAUUAUUCCUUGGUGCAGUUGCAAAAUCUGCACAAUUCCCCCUUCAUGUAUGGUUACCUGAUGCCAUGGAGGGGCCUACCCCUAUUUCAGCUCUUAUACACGCUGCUACUAUGGUAGCAGCGGGAAUUUUUCUUGUAGCUCGACUUUACCCUCUUUUCACAGUUAUACCUUACAUAAUGAACCUUAUUUCUUUGAUAGGUAUUAUAACCGUACUUUUAGGAGCCACUUUGGCUCUUGCCCAAAGAGACAUUAAGAGAAGUUUAGCUUAUUCGACAAUGUCGCAGUUGGGUUAUAUUAUGUUAGCUUUAGGUAUGGGAUCAUAUCGAGCUGCUUUAUUUCAUUUGAUCACCCAUGCCUAUUCAAAAGCAUUAUUAUUUUUAGGCUCCGGAUCCAUUAUUCAUUGUAUGGAAAGUAUUGUUGGAUAUUCUCCAAAUCAAAGUCAAAAUAUGGCUCUUAUGGGCGGGUUAACAAAAUAUAUGCCGAUUACGAAAACAGCUUUUUUGAUAGGUACACUUUCUCUUUGUGGUAUUCCACCUCUUGCUUGCUUUUGGUCAAAAGAUGAAAUUCUUAGUGAUAGUUGGGUAUAUUCACCUAUUUUUGCGAUAAUAGCUUAUUUCACAGCCGGAUUAACUGCAUUUUAUAUGUUUCGGAUGUAUUUACUUACUUUUGCGGGACAUUUAAACGUCUAUUCUCAAAAUUUCAGCGCUAAAAAAAACAGCUCGUUUUAUUCAAUAUCCAUCUGGGGUAAAGAAAGACAGAACGUAAUCAACAAGAAGUUCUUUUUAUCAACAGCAAAAAAAAACAAAAGAGUUACUUUUUUUUCGAAGAAAGCAUAUUCAAUUGAUAGAAAUGUAAAAAAAGGAACGCAACCGCUUAUUACAUUUACUCAUUUUAAAAAUAAAGAAAAUAAUCCAUAUCCUUAUGAAUCGGAAAAUACUAUGCUUUUUCCCCUUCUUAUAUUAGGAUUCGUUACUUUGUGUGUUGGGUUUAUCGGAAUUCCUUUUGAUUAUAAAGGAAUGGAUUUGAAUAUAUUAUCAAAUUUGUUAACUCCAUAUAUAAACCUUUUACAUUCAAAUUCGAGCAAUUCCGUUGAUUGGUAUGAAUUUCUUACAAAUGCAAUUUUGUCAGUCAGUAUAGCUUAUUUAGGAAUCUUUUUUGCGUUCUUUUUAUAUAGGCCUGUUUAUUCAUUUUUACAUAAUUUGGACUUAAUUAAUUCAUUUGUUAAAAUGGGGCCUAAAAGAGGUCUUUGGGACAAAAUAGUAAACGUGAUAUAUAAUUGGUCAUAUAAUCGUGGUUACAUAGAUAGUUUUUAUGCAGCAACCUUAAAUACCGGUAUAAGAAGACUGGUUGGAUUCACUCAGUUUUUUGAUAGACGAGUAAUUGAUGGAAUUACAAAUGGAGUCGGUAUUACAAGUUUAUUUGUAGGAGAGGGGAUCAAAAAUGUAGGGGGCGGAAGAAUAUCUUCUUAUCUAUUCUUCUAUUCAUUUUUUUUAUUAAUUUUUUUAUUAAUAUUAAUUUACAACAAUUUAUGA